AUGACCCCCUCCCCCGCCCCGUCUCCAUCGCCUGUGGCUGCGGCACCGAGCCAUGGCCUGGUGUAUCCGAGCGAGUUUCUUGGUUCGCUGCCUGUAGUGGGAGUUGCCCGCCCAGCACCCCAUGCAUCUGUCCGUGCACUCACUGCUGCUCAGUAUGCCGAACUCGCACACGCACACUCUCUCGCGGACCCCGACGACAGCGUGCUCUUUCCCUUUUUGCACGGCGUCGAAGGCGACAACCAGCCCCAGAACAUGUUCUUUGCCACCGCAAGCGGCGCUUCCAGGGGUCGCGGCUCCCAGCACCUCGGUCCCCCGGACAUCCCACGCUACCGCGGUCUCACCACCAUCCUCUGCGACGACAACAACGACGACGAUGACGAGCCCAGGCUCACCGACUCGAGCUCGGACGAUGACGAUGAUGCAUGGUAUGACCAAUCCGACUCAGACUCGGAUAGCGCCGAGCCGCACGAGGACGAUCGCGACGAGACAAUGCGCAUGGCCGACAUUAACAUUGCUGAUCCCAACGCAAGCGCACCCGCUUCCUAUCGCGAGUCAUUUGCCCCCAUCGACACUAGCGCCAAGGUCGACACUGUAUCCAACGACGUCAUCGCAGUCCGCUCUUCCCGCGUCGACAGUGUCUCGGGUCCGCCCAGUCCCGUCAGCGUUGCCAGCACCAGCCUCGAGUCCACCAGCACAGCCCCCACCAGUGUCGUCGUUCCCAGUCAAAAGAACAUCAAGCACAAGAAGCGCCGCUCUCGUGCUCGUCUACACACGGUGCUCGUCGCUGCUUGCUUCAGAUUUGUCAAGCCCCGAGUUCCAGAUGGCAUCAGUCUUCGUAACUUUGGCAUUCAAGUUGCCACUUAUGCCAGCAUCUCUGACAUUGUCGUCUAUUCUCCUCGUGGUGCCACUCGCGCAGCCACCGAACUCGCCCGCCGUAUCAAACUCGCCGUCGAACGCAAAGCCGAAGAGCGCUGGGUUCGCAUGCGCUCAGCCAACAAGAUCACCAACGAGGAGGAAGGCCCAGGGGCAGAAGGCGAGAUUGGCUACGGAACAGGUCUUCUCGCCUACAACGUGUUUGUGGUCACCGAUUCGUUUGACGUCUUUGAGCGUCAAUAUCCCCAUCUCGUGGCCGUCAAUCUCAAGGGGCGUGACUUGAAUCGCAUCGAUUUUUUCGCCCGCGAAAAAGAGGAAAUGCGUGACCUCACCAAGGCCAGCGAAAUCGCAGAGGGUGUUUGGCUUGGAAACACCCAAGAUGUACCGAUACCCCCUAUGUAUGCUCACGAUCCCAACACCUGGCCAGUCCCCUACCCUGAUCCGUUUGAUUCGACUGGCAACCCUGAUGGCUAUGAUAUUUGCAUCGAGUGCCACGAACAGGCUGGCUUUGUCACCCCUGCCCAGCUCCAUCAAGCCGAGCAGCAUCUCACCAACCUCGAUGCUUGCUGGGAAGAGCGUGUACGCGGUGUCACAGGUGCUGGCGACAAUGCUGCUUUUGGCGUUUUUGGCGCCUCACCCUCGUCCACCCCUAUCCCUCAUCGCCCACCACCAAAUCCUUCGUCGAUCAUCCACAUGGCCUUCCCAGCCUCACCGACGUGCUCUCAAGCAACCAUAGCCCAGCUUUUGCCGUUUAUCGCAUUCCUCCAACGUGUGGCCCAUGCCCAGCCUCGUCCCGCCAAGAUCCUCAUCCAUUCCGGAGAUGGGUACACCGAAUCCAGCGUCCUCGCGCUAUGCUACAUUAUGCUCGAACGCCAAAUCAGUCUCCCAGAAGCUUAUCUCGACCUGCAAUGCACCCGCGAUCGAAGCUUUUUCGUCUACCCGUCUGAUGUCGGCGUCUUGCGCCGCGUCGAAGCCCGACUGGGUCUCGAAGGCCGAAGCGAUCGUGAAGAAGGUAGCGCCGCCGGCCGCUGGAGGUGGGGAAGCGCCGGCACAUGGCGCAGCGGAAGCAUAAGUUCCUCUUCGAGCGCGAAUAGCUUUUUCGGCCAACGCGAGCGGUCUGGCUCUCGCGGGUCUACGCCGGACGUCACUCCGGUCGCCGCCUCGACCCCACGCAAGACCCGCGCGCGCGCCUCGACGAGCCCGCUGUUGCCUGCAAUUGUUGACCACCAAACGUGGUUCAACGAUGCGCGGUUCGAUGGCUCGUUCCCGUCCCGGGUCUUGCCGUUUUUGUACCUCGGGAAUCUGGCCCACGCAGGCAACGUCCAUAUGCUCCACGCGCUGGGGAUCACUCACGUCGUGUCUGUCGGCGAAUGCGCGCUCGUGCCCGGCCAAGCUGGCGGUCUGUGGACCGAAGAGCGUGAAGGCCGGAUCAGCGUGCUCGACAUCAAGGGCGUAUGCGAUGAUGGGAUCGAUUCGCUUCGUACCGAAAUCGGACCGGUGGUCGAGUGGAUCGACAGAGCUCGGGCAAGUGGAGGGAGCGUCUUGGUCCAUUGUCGUGUGGGCGUGAGCCGGAGCGCGACGAUUACGAUUGCGUAUGUGAUGAAGCAUCUUGAGGUCGGGCUUGUCGAUGCGUACUUGAUGGUUAGGAGUCGUCGGUUGAGCGUAUUGAUCCAGCCCAAUAUGCGACUGCUCUACAAUCUCUGUGGGUGGGAAAUCCAGCUUGCAAAGGAACGCGCCAAGGAAGGUGCAGUCCCGCCCGGAAAAGGCCGUCAACUCACCUGGCCGUUCCUCGCGAGGGAAGUGGCCUCGCUCAACGAGCGGUACCUGUCUUGA